CUCAACUUUACAGUUAAUUGAGAAAUGGGGAAUAAAAAAAAACAAAAAUAAAAAGUCGAGCACGUAGUUGUCAAUCUGAAGAUAAUUAUUCGUUCGUCUGAAAAGUUUGUGUAAGAACAUAUCUCUCUCUCUCUCUCCUCUCAUUGGUGAGAACGUUCAAUCCAAAUCUAUAUCUCCUUGUUCCAAUUCCGUACAUGGUUUAUUUUUCUUGCAUAAAUUUCUCAUCUUUCUUCAUCGAAUUUCUGCUGCAUCAUCAAGUUGGAAUUUCAUUCUUUGAUUGUGUUUGAUGAUUGAUAGCUUUUUAAAAGAGCAAUGAGUUAUUCUGCAGCCGGACUCGGAAAGCCUGGCUCAGGUAAAAGGAGAAUAAGGGAUCUUUUAACUCAAUCUGAUAACCGAGUCUGCGCUGAUUGUGGUGCUCCAGAUCCUAAGUGGGCGUCAGCAAACAUCGGAGUGUUUAUAUGCUUAAAAUGUUGCGGUGUGCACAGAAGCCUUGGCACUCAUAUCUCAAAGGUCUUAUCUGUGACAUUGGAUGAAUGGUCGGACGAAGAAGUCGAUUCCAUGAUUGAAAUAGGAGGAAAUGCCUCUGCGAAUUCAAUUUACGAGGCAUUUAUACCUGACGGUUGCUCUAAGCCUGGACCUGAUGCUACUCACGACCAGCGUAUGAGGUCAAAAUAUGAGCUCCAAGAGUUUUUGAAACCAAGCUUGAGGAUCACAUCCGUGAGGGGCUCUAGUACAAAGAGUCCAGAAUAUCUUUCAUCAACUGUAUCUAAAAAAAUUAUCGAUAGCUUUCGCACGAACUCAUCAUCGCAACAGCCGCAACCUGAAGGCAUGGUUGAGUUUAUUGGAUUGUUGAAGGUGACUCUUAAAAAGGGUACCAAUUUAGCCAUCCGAGAUAUGAUGACAAGCGACCCUUAUGUUGUGUUGACUCUAGGACAACAGACUGCACAAUCAACUGUAGUAAAGAGCAACUUAAACCCGGUCUGGAACGAGGAACUCAUGCUCUCUGUACCUCAUAACUAUGGCUCAGUGAAGUUGCAAGUGUUUGAUUAUGAUACAUUCUCUGCUGAUGACAUAAUGGGAGAAGCUGGGAUUGAUAUCCAACCUCUGAUUACAUCUGCAAUGGCUUUUGGAGACCCUGAGAUGUUUGGAGAUAUGCAGAUUGGGAAAUGGCUGAAGUCGCACGACAAUGCACUUAUAGAGGAUAGCAUCAUCAACAUUGCAGAUGGGAAAGUGAAACAAGAGGUUCAACUCAAGCUCCAGAAUGUUGAAUCUGGUGAAGUAGAAUUAGAAAUGGAGUGGCUGCCUCUUGAUCAAUAAAGUUACAAACUGUUAUAGGCUCAAUGAUAUAUAUAUAUUUAUCUCUCAUUAUUGUAUUCAUUCAUAUUAAGUUUUAAACUUUAUCCCCCUUAUGUUCUUGUUUGAGAAAUUUUGAAAACUUCAAUCUUGAAAACUCUCUUUGGUGUUUUGUUGUAAUGCUCCUUUACAUAUUAGACCAUUUGUAUAACUCCUCAAAGCAAGUAUAUGUUUUGAUCCAAAACUUUCAUUUGAAACAGGAGAUAAGACGCUUAUAGGUUACUAAAUCAGGUUUCAGCCCCAAUUUCAACAUCUCAUCAUGAUAUCUCAUUGCUUUCUUCAUCUCCUUCACACGACACAGCCCGUGAAUCAUGAUCGUGAAACUCUUGCUGUUCAUUGAUUUCAUCUCUUUCAUGUACUCAAACACCCCAACAGCUUCUUCCACCAUAGUUCUUUGCCUCACCAUAAGCCGAUCAAGAACCGCGUUAUAAGCGUUCGCGUCCAAACUUCCUUUCAUCUUCUUUAUCUUUUCAUGUAGUGCCAUCGCUUUCUCUAACUUCCCGCUUCUGCAAUAACGCUCCAUCAAUAACCCGCAAGAAAAGGAAUCGAAGUAGACCUCCAUUUCCAUAACCGAAUCAAGAAGCUUCUCUGCGUGAUCCCAUCUUAUUUUCCGACACAACGAUGCUAAAACUUCUGAUAACUUGUCUGUACAAGGAACAAAACCGCGCUUUAUAACAUCCACAAGGAGUUCCUCUUCUUCCUCUGACCUAUCAUCAUCUCUGCAAAGAGCAUUUGAGAAUUCUUUGUAACAGCUCUCAUCAAGUACCGUGAUACCUUUCCGGCAAAUCAACCGAUAUACAGCAACAGCUUCUUUUGUUCUCUCUUUUCUAGACAGAGCUUUCAACAUACAACCGUAUGUCUGAUCACGCACUGUUCCACCAUCACAAGCUCUGUGGAAAAGCAUCUCAGAGGCAAACGUUUUCCCCAUAUCGCAGAGCGUUUCGAUUAUCUGAUCAUUCAUAGCCGAAUCAUCUAAAGUAAGAAGCUUUUUCUUUACCAUCAAACCAAGAACCUUAUCGAUCAACUCAGCAUCUCCUAAUCUACAUGCAUCAUCCAAUACGCAACCGUAAGAACAGAAACUCAGCUCUAGUUUCUUGUCAUCCAUCUCAUGAAUUACACGAAACACCUCAUCGAAUUCCCCGUUUCUGCUAUAACAUUCCACAAGAUUGGUGUAAAUCUUGCAGCUUUCAACACCUGUUUCCAUCAAUUUAACAACACUCUUGGAUUUUCCGUGUUGGCACAAAACCUGAGCAACCAAAUCCCAAGUUAGCCCAUCGGAGACAACCCGGUCUCGAACCAUGGCACUGUACAAACACAAAGCCACUCUAAACUGAUCCUCUUUAACCAGAGAAUCAAGAAGAGAGUUGUAAGCGCGAAGUGAAGGCGAAAGUCUCAAUCUUCUCAUCGAACCAAACACUUCCAAGCCGUUUUGGUAACUACCCUUUGAAGCAUAACACUCAAGAACUAAGCUAACUGAGACAGAGAGUGAAGCUUCACCUUCAAACCACCGAUGCAUCGACGCGACGAUCACAGACACGGAAUGGGUUUCAACCAGAGGACGCAAGAGGGCUUCAGCUCGGUCCAAGAGACCUGAUUCGGUAGCCACUUCGAUUACUCGGCAACGGGAUUUAAGAUCCGGCUCGAACCGGAGAUGGGUUUUGGCCCAAUCGAAGAAAUCAAGAGUGGUUUCAGGAGACUUUCGAGUUUCAUGGAUGAUCUGGAGGAAAAUCGGCGGCGUAAGUGUUGAAUUUGGGAGCUUUGAUUUAACAUAUCGGAGAUGAGUGAUCCAGUCGCGACGUUGUAAGAUUAUCGAAGCGAUUUCGGUGGCUGAUCGGAAUAGUGUCAGCUGGGUUUUCCAAUCGGAAGCGGAGGAUGUCGAUGGUGUCGCCGAGGUCGAGAAUCGUUUGAUGAUGAAUCCAACACGUGUGCGGAGAAGAACCAUUUAGUUGCUCAGCUCUUACAUUUGCUAGGAUUUUGUAAAACACUAGUCUUUCAUCUUCCUCAAGGGUUUAAGGAAGUUGGUCAAGAGAGACCACACUCACUAAGAGUGACAAAGGACAAAA